UGAGUGGUCUUCUUUAUAUAGACGAUCUUUGGCCACAAAGCAGCAACACAGAAACAUGGCAGACAGCGCGGCUAAACCAUGGGCUAAACACGAAACUGAUGAAUUAUAUCAGAAAGCCAAGAGGGCGAAAUCUGACAACGAGAAUGGCGGAGGAGAAGUUGGAAAGGAAAUUGAAUGUGAAAAUAUUCUGUCUGAGUUCAAAACGACUAAAGUCUUGAGUGAUUCAGCCCGGGAGAAAAACAUCUUCAUCCACGGAAAGCUUGCUGAUCAGGAUGCGGUGAUAAUCUUGGAGAAGACCCCCAUCAGAGAAGACACCCUGGCUGAGCUCUUCACCGGUUCAACGUUGAAGCUGGAGAUGAAGAACGACAUCUACAGCACUUAUCGCUUACAGGCUCCCCCUCAACUCAAUGAGAUAAAGACUACAGUCGUGUGUCCAGCCACAGAGAAGCAUAUAAAGAAAUACCAGCGUCAGGAGAGCUUCCUGGUGGAGGAAACGGGAGCGGACUAUCAGUCCAUCACGUUGCCUUACAUUCAGAAGCAGAGUUUCAGUGUGCAGUGGGUAUACAACAUCUUGGAGAAGAAGGCCGAGGCUGACAGGAUCGUUUUUGAAGAUCCAGACCCAACAGUCGGAUUUCUACUCCUCCCAGAUUUCAAAUGGGACCAGAAACAGGUUGAUGAUUUAUAUCUGAUCGCCAUAACACUUCAGAGAGGCAUCCGGAGUUUCAGAGACCUGACGCAGGAGCACCUCCCUCUGCUGCAGAACAUCUUCCAGAAGGGCAAGGAAGCCAUCCUGCAGCGCUACCAGCUUCCAGCCAGUAAACUGCGAGUGUACCUGCACUACCAGCCGUCCUACUACCACCUCCACGUCCACUUCACCAAGCUAGGCUACGAGGCUCCGGGCUGCGGUGUGGAGCGGGCCCACCUCCUCGCAGACGUCAUCCAAAACCUGCAGUCCGACCCCGAGUACUACAAGACCCGGACCCUGUACUUCCCCCUGAGGGUGGACGACGGACUGCUCAGCAAAUACAAGGAGGCAGAGAGGCUGUGAUUCUUUAAAGAUGACCAUCCUUUCUGAGUUUUUCACAUCAUAUUUUUUGUGUUUCUUGUGAAUACCCGUGCUUUUAUAAAUCAAUCCAACUCAGUCUAUACAGCACUUUUUAUACACAAAAGGUAAAACAAUAUUCUUCGGAAAACCAAAUAAAACCCAACAAAAAACAAUACCAACCCUUCUUCCCAAUCCAUGGACAAAUAACUGUGAUUAUUACAGAAGUCAAUCAACACAGGACUGAAUGAAACAAGAAUACAUUCAAUGAAAGGUAAUUGGAGUUCUUUCCACUGAUUUCUAGUUGCAAACAUUUUAUGAAUAUUUGUAUACACAUUGUGUUAAAGAAUUUGUAAAUGUUUGAGCAAAUCUUCAGCAAGGUGUUUUUUUAUUUCUCUUUUAUUCCUGCUU